AUGUCGUUACAAGCAACAAAACAAGACAUAGGCGUCUACCAGGACACCGGCAACGGAAAUGGCCUGAUUUCCAAUCCUUAUCACAGCACAAUUUCCUUGUCGAUAAAGCAGGAGCCGAUCAAGUCCAAGGUCAACAACCUCAAAAACACAGCCAAUAAGCCCAAUUCGCGACGCAAAACUGCGAAAAAACGCUUCGUCCAGAACGCAGCGCGAUUCCGGCUCGACCCGCGGGCUAUAGUGGCAAUUAACUGCGUGUCUGCAACACCUGAGCAGCAACGUUCUACCCUGAUCGGGCCAACUUAUCUGGUCACCGUCACCCUCGAGAACGUGGACAACCCAAAUGAAGACUGCAAUGGUCUGUUGGUCGGCAAUCGAUCUAUGUCCCCGUAUUUUAUCGAAAAUGAAGAAAGCAGGUGCUUUUCGGCAUUCUGCUUUUUCGAAGACCUCUCGGUGAAGAGGGAAGGGAGGUUUCGAUUGGUUUUCACCUUGCGGGUGCUGGAGUUCCUGAACAGCCCUGUGGGAGAACUGUCGGAGUGCGUUACAGCGCGCUCUUCCGCAUUUGUGGUAUAUCCUAACAAGAGCUUCCCGGGUCUCUCUGCAAAUACUUUGCUCGAAAAGUAUCUCCAGAGUAAGGGAGUCAAAGCUCUUUCAAGGGCGGAGUCCAAAGCGGCAGAGAUGCUCCGAAAACGUGUGGAACUGUCUGAGGGCAAUGACGAAAGGCGGAGAAACCAGGCACAGUCUGUCGCGACAGCGGGAGGGCCUGGCCAACAACUCCCCGAUUUACCGAUUGGUGAUAUCAUGGCCAAGUAUCCGCCACGCGGCAUAUUGAAUUUGCAGCCGCAUCACGAGUAUAACAAUGGUUCUGCCUUGAACCAGGCCUCUCAGAUUAGCGGCCACCGUAAUGAUUAUACGACUCCUGCUGCUGGUUUUUUGGCUCCGGGCAGUGAUACCCAUGGGGACAAUCUUCCGACGACGGUCUCUAUGCGCAUGCUGCAAUACUUCAACCCGGAAACCUAA